AUGUGGAGCUUUAAUUAUCUAUUGACGCAGUCGCGCGGCAUCCUCGGCAGCCUUCCUCCUGGGAAGCUACCAUCCUGGCUGCUAUUCAUCUCAGUUGUAUCUGUGUUCAAUUCGGUUCAGACGUACAUCAACAAAGAGCUGACGAGGCGUGUAUACGAAAAUAAACCCUCCGAAACGACAGACCUGAGUGCGCGGACAUUUGGUACGUGGACAUUGCUCUCCAGCGUGAUACGGUUGUACGGGGCGUUCUACCUGUAUGACGAGCGCAUCUUUCAGCUGACCUUUAUUACGUACUCGAUUGCUCUAUUGCACUUCGGAAGCGAGUGGCUCAUCUUCAGGACAUGCAAACUGGGGAAAGGCUUCAUGGGGCCACUAUUGGUAGCCACGACGUCUCUGGUGUGGAUGUACAACACUAAGGAGUACUACACCGGUCGCGGGUGGUAG